AUGUCCCUGGUGGAGACGAUCCGGCUGUGGCAAGGAGGAGUGUGUGCAGCAGACAAGAAGGAGUGGAGUGCAGCCCUGGAUGCCUUCACAGCCGUCCAGAACCCUCCUGCCAAAAUCUGCUUUAACAUAGGCUGCAUCCACCUCGUUCUGGGGAAGCUGGUGGAGGCAGAGGAGGCAUUCACCCGGAGCAUCGGCUGCGACAAGCACCUGGCAGUGGCUUAUUUCCAGCGAGGGACAGUGUUUUACCGGAGGCAGAACCAUGGAAAGGCCAUUGAGGAUUUCAAAGAGGCCCUGGCUCAGCUGCGAGGCAACCAGCUCAUCGACUACAAGAUCCUGGGGCUGCGGUACAGGCUCUUUGCUUGUGAGAUUCUCUACAAUAUUGCACUGGUGUAUGCCACGAUGGAGAACUGGAAGAAGGCUGAGGAGCACCUGACAUUGGCCAUGAGCAUGAAGAGUGAGCCCCAGCACAAUAAGAUUGACAGGGCAAUGGAAGCCAUCCUGAAGCAGAAGCUCUGUGACCUGGUGGCCAUUCCUGCAGGGAAGCUCUUCAGGCCAAACGAAAAGCAAGUGGCUCAGCUGGAGAAGAAGGACUACCUAGGAAAGGCAGUGGUGGUGGCAUCUGUGGUGGACAAGGAUGAUUUUUCAGGCUUUGCUCCCCUCCAACCACAGGCCUCUGGUCCUCCCCCCAGACCCAAAACCCCUGAAAUCCUCAGGGCCCUCAAAGGGCAGCCACACCGCGUCAUGUUCGAGUUCAUCCCUGAGACCCCCGAGGAGCUGCAGGUCCUGCCAGGAAACAUUGUCUUUGUCCUGAAGAAAGAGAAAGACAACUGGGCUACAGUGAUGUUCAAUGGCAAGAAAGGGAUUGUCCCCUGCAACUUCCUUGAGCCUGUGGAGCUCCAGAACAAGCUGUAUCUCCAGGAAGAAACCCCUCUGGAAGAUGAGAUGCCUGAGUCACCCACCUCCUCUGUGCCCGAGAAGCCGCGGCGGCCAGCGCCAGACUACGUUCCUGCUACGGCGACGCAGCCCAGAGACACAGCAAAGGAGGCUGAACCAGCUAUUUCCACCCCCCACAUCCUCAAGGUGCAUUACAAAUACACAGUUGCCCUGGCAGUCAAGCCAGGCCUCUCCUACAAGGAACUCCUGGACCUGGUUUGCAAGAAGCUGGAGCUGCAGCCCGAGCACACGGAGCUGAGGUACAAAUCUGCAGACAGCCAAGAGCUGGUGACUCUGAGUGCAGAGAACCUGGAGGCAGCUUGGAGCCAGAGCAAGGACAACUAUCUGACAGUCUGGUGUGAAAUCACAGAGGGAGCAGGGUUUUUACCAGACAGCAAACCAGAGGAGCUGCCCCAGGAGGCAAUGCCUGAGGAGACAGGACCAACCCAAGUUGUGGCACAGUACAAUUAUGAAGCCACCCAACCCGAAGACCUGGAAUUUCAGGCAGGAGACGUGAUCCUCGUUUUAUCCAAAGUGAAUGAAGACUGGUUAGAAGGCCAAUGCAAUGGUAAGAUUGGCAUCUUCCCAUCUGCAUUCGUUCAACAGCCUCACACUGUCGGCCUGGAGGUGAUUUCAGAAGAGCUGAAAAUCAUGGAAAGAAAUUAA